AUGGCGUGUUCCGCGUCCGGUGUGUGCCUUUGUACGUGGCUGGGGCCGGGGUCUUUGGGGAACACCGCGUCUUUUAGCGAAGGCGAGGGGGGAGCUCUGUGCUUGGUUCAGCGUCCCUCGAGGCGAAGGCAGCGGCGGAGGGUCCAGGUGGCAGCGGAGCGCCCCGGGACAGCGGGUAGGCUGACCUCCCUCUCUCCCCGCCAGUUCCUGAGGCGGCAGCAGGUUCUUCAGUUGUACAGGAAGAUCCUGCGGGCAGUUCGCGAGGUCCCUGCUGAAGCCGAUCGCCAGUAUUUGAAGGACUGGGCCAGGGAGGAAUUCAGGAGGAAUAAGGAUGCUACAGAAGAGGAUACAAUCAGGAUGAUGAUUACUCAAGGCAACAUGCAACUUCAGGAACUUCAAAGAACACUUAAGCUGGCAAAAUCCUGA